AUGGCCAAGGAGCUUGUGGGCGAUGCCCGUGGAACACACUUGGAGCAGGAGUUGACCCCUUUCUUUGUAAAGGGCCAGAUGGAGCUGCUGUGGUCCCCAAACUCCACGCCACACCUGGCAGGGAACGUGUCAGUGUCCGUCGGCCACUUAGGCUGGGAUCCAGCCAGAGGGGGAGUGCGGCUGCUCUCGCGAGCGGAACGGCUCCCCUUGGAAGAGCUGAGGCUGCGUCUAGAAGGCAGUGGAAAAUCAGUGCGGUUUCCAGCGAGCCAGAAUCUUCAAAGGCUGAGAGGAGCGAGGGAGGCUACUGGUCCUGCCCAUCCAGUGGCGGGGUUCGGGGGAGAGUCGGCAGUGACAGAGGAGCCGCGGCCGGUGGUGAUAGUGGCCUGGGGACCAGGUUCCGGCUCCUGUUCCUUGGCACCAACACAGGAAUUCAAGAAAACGGUGGCUGCAGGAAGGCCUCCCAGCUAUGGAUCUGAAGCUGGAGAGAACCUGAUUACUGGAGCCCGAAUCGCAGGGGCAGAGGGAAGACACGACCUCCGUGAGCAGAUCUUGACGCAGGUCGAUUUACCCGGACGGCAGGCUCCUCUGGUCGGCAGGUUUGCCAGGAUCCCUGGGGCUUUCUGACCGCACAGGUUAGAAAAAGCCUGUUCGCGUUCACCUUUUAGAACGUGUUUACAGUAAAGGAGAAUCAUACACAAUUUUUUUUUUUGUUUCCAUUGAUCAAGUGAG